AUAAACGGCGGAUGUGUGGUGUCUGGCGAAUACAAUUCUACUUGAGCACCACCAACAUUCCACGUAUAUACAUAUCAUUAUUAACAAAUCAUAAAUAUCGCAUUCCGUUUAUGCAGUGAACUUUCACAUUGACUCUGAGUACCUCAUUGAUAUUCAGAAAGUCUUCAUUUAUUAAAGAUCAUGGGUAUAUUGUUACAGAACAAACAAUGCGGCAAGCCUGAAUAUUCGUACAUAUAAAGUAUAUUCUAAAGCUGAGCACUUCAAGGCGUACAACUAUGUCUAUGGUGAAACCAAUACAGGUACAUCAAACUGAUAAAAGGAAAUUGAAUUAUUGGUAAUGUUUUGUGGUUCCUAUCAACGUUGGAUAACGUGGUAUUACGUAUUCCUUGUGUUCAGCUACACCAGACUAUUCUGCAAAGGGACUGGAAAAGAAGACGACACUGCUGGGAUUAUUGAUGGAGAUCUUGUACUCGGUGGUCUCUUUAGGAUACGGAAGAUCAACGGAACAAAUGGAUGCGAUAGAGACGUCGAGGUUCAAGUCGGCAUUCAAAGAGUUGAAGCGAUGUUGUAUGCUAUUCAUGAAAUCAACAAUAACACAAACCUGUUACCGAACGUGACGCUUGGGGCAGAAAUUCGGGACACGUGUAGUUUAAAAACUAAAGCUUUGGAUGAGUCACUAAAGUUUAUUUUAGACUCUCUGGAUUCGAGUUCGAAGCAAGGCGAGAAAUGUGGAUUAAACACAACAAAGGACGUUGUUGGUGUCGUUGGCCCUUCCCGAAGUUCAUUAUCAAUCGAAGUUGCCAAACUGUUGAGACUGUUUAAAGUUCCGCAAGUAAGCUAUGCAUCAACAAGUGCGGAGUUAAGUAACACAAAGAAAUACAGCUUUUUUGCAAGAACUGUUCCUCCAGAUUCACUUCAGGCCCAAGCCAUGCUACAUGUCGUAAAAAUAUUUAAUUGGAGUUCAGUAUUCACCGUCAACUCGGCUGGAAGUUAUGGUGAAAAUGGAAUUGAAGAAUUCAAGAAGCUUGCAAGUGUCGAGACAAGUGUCUGUGUUGUUCUUUCUAAACAAGUGACUGAUGAAUACACAAGCGCACGUUAUGAUGAGAUAAUAAAUAUGUUUUCUCAAUUCUCAUCAACUCGGGUUGUAGUUUUGUUCUUAAAAGACAAUCAUUUAAAAUUGUUGCUACAAGCAGCGAAAAGGAACAAUUAUGUGGGUGUUGUAUGGAUCGCAAGUGACGAGUGGGGAAGGCGUAUGGAUAUAGUAGAGAACUUAGGGGAUUAUUUUGUUAACACAGAUGCAAUAACUCUGACAUUACCAUCAUUAGAAUUACCCAAAUUCAAGAGGUAUUUUUGGAACUUGACUGGAAAUAGUCCAAGAAGAGAAAAUCCCUGGUUUCAACAAUACUGGCUACAAUGUGGUAACGCAUCCUGCAACACGACAUUUAAUGAUAAACUUUCGUAUGUUAUAGACGCCGUUUACGCAUUUGCUUACGCUCUUCAUGAAAUGUAUGCAGAGAAAUGCCCAGAAAUGAAUGGACUCUGUCCCCUAAUGAGACCUGUUAACGGUAUUGAACUAAGAAAUCGUAUUCUUAAUGUAACAUUUCAAAGAGCAUCAUCCGGCCAUUUUGUUUCAUUUGAUGAAAAUGGAGAUUCCAAGGGGAAGUACACUUUUUUUCAUUAUACUAAACGUGAUCAAUACAAGAAGCUUGGUGAGUGGCAGGAAAAACAUAAAGAAGGGCAAGAAGCGCUCAAUCUGACAAACUUUCCCACACGAUUAAGGAAUAAAACAUCUACGUGCAAGGAAACCUGUAAACCAUGGAGUAGGAAAGUUGCCAAGAAAGGAACAGUAUGUUGUUAUGAAUGCAUUGACUGCCCAGACAAGGAACGCCAGUAUGUUGAAAAUAAAACAAAAUGUAUGGAUUGUGAAAGUUUUCAAAAACCGACUUCAAAUUACGACGGCUGUGAGGAUUUGCCAUUACGUUAUAUUUCAAACAGAUGGUCCAUUACCAUUACAUUCUUUGCCGGCCUAGGUGCUUUUUGUACAUUGAUAGUUAUUGCUUUAUUGGCGUAUCAUAUCAAUACCCCACUGGUUAAAGCAAGUGAAAGAGACUUGGUAUUCCUGUUACUUCUGGGAGUUUUACUGAACUAUAUAACGGCAAUCGUCUUUGUGAGUAAAUUGACUGUUGUUACCUGUGCAGUACAACGAUUUGGCUUUGGCCUUUCGGCUACCAUUUGCUAUGCAUCUCUUUUCGUAAAGAUUGAUCGCAUUGGUAGAAGAAUAUUUACUACACGAAGUGUCAAAUCUGUACAUUUUGCAAAACCACAGACCCAGUUGGUUGUCGUUUUUCUGUUAAUUGCAGUGGAAAUGAGCCUGGCAUCUGCUGGAUUGAUCAUACGACCUCCAGAAGUCAUAAAAGUUUUACCUACAAAAGAUGAUGUUUUUGCGAAAUGUAACUUUGGAAGACUAGAAUUAAUGACAUCCUUGCCGUAUAUCAUGAUAUUAAUCCUGCUGUGUACUGUAUAUUCAGUCUACAUUCGAAAAACAAUAUCCAUGUUCAACGAAGUCAAGUACAUUGGUUUGGUCAUGUACAGUACGUGCAUAAUAUCGAUUGCGUUUCUUCCCGUGCUUUUAGGAACAACGCAAAAUUAUGAGCCAAUUACGAUGGGCUUAAAUACGACACUGAAUGCAACUACAAUACUUGUGUGUCUAUUUGGACCAAAGGUGUAUAUUUUAGUAUUUAGACCAUUCAGAAAUGUGGAAAGAUCUGUUAGCAUGACAGUGAAUAACUACGCAACAGACACACAGAGUAAAGGUCAAUCCAUGCGGGUUAGGAAAAUUACCUCACCAGACUUCAGCAAGCCAACUCCAAAAGACGAGAAAUGUGAACAUGUUAAUACCGAAAGUACAUUUGUGAAAAAUGUUGUAAAUGAAAACGUCAGUACAAGCACAGACAGUGAGAAUCCUGAACAUGUACUUAAAAAUGAGCAUUUGCAAUCACAACAUGAUAUUACAAAAACACAAACAUGAAAAAGAACAUUUGUA